AUGAGCCCAACGCUCACAUUCUCCGCCCUCCCAGACAGCGCCUACCCAUUCGAGACAGCCGAAAUCGAGCUUUAUGAUCAAGACCAAGUCUAUGUCGUCGGUUUCCGUAAAAACCCACUCGCACAUCAUAGCUCGAAAUGGCGAGAAAAGCUCGGUGCGAUGAUGGAGAAGGACAAGGACAAGGAGAAAGAGAAAGAGAAAGAGAAGAUGGGUACGGUGGAGGACGUAGGGUUUUCUUCGGAGUUGUGUGAUGAUAAGUUGUGCAUUGUCCCUGCGGAGUCGCAUGAUGCGAGGAAGAUGAGGGAGGUGUAUGCUGCGAUUUGGCUUGCCCCUGGCUACAAGGUCAUGCUUCUGCCUGCUGAGGGUAGCAAGGUGUAUUACCAGCGUGCGAUAUCUGGGAACACCAAGUGGAAGAAGAUCAAGACAGGGUAUGGAGUCGACCUUGCGGAUCCGUUCAUGACGAUAUUGGAUGGUGCGAUUCAUAUCAAAUUCGACGCCCGUCCAGAACCAGACCGCCCCUCCCCAACCGAAUUCCUCCGCAAACUCGUCAAGUUCAUACAACGUUCCCGUUCCCACUCCCAUUCUCGGUCUCCUUCCCCCCACUCGCCUCACUCGCCUCAUUCUCCUCACUCGCCUACUUCACCUACAGAUUUGAACCCUGGAUCUGGAGGAGUCAGCCACUUCCACUCUCUCGUGCGACACAUUCAUACCGAGAUCGUUAGCUCGGAAGUCCACCCUUCUCAUCAUGCCCAUCAUCAUUCACCUCAUCAUUCGCCUUCUCGGUCGCCUUCGCCGCUCUCAGACACGACGCAUCGGUACGAGAUCACUGCGAGCGUCACCAUAGAAUGGGGCGAGAGGAAAGGCGAAGGCUGGAGGAGGUUGCCUUCGACGGGUAACUUGUCUCAUGAAGGUAUGCAAGAUAAAAGGGAACAAGACCAAGUUCUCUACGACGAUGAAGGAGUUGAACACGCGGAUGAGAUGGACGUCGACGGUCAUGGCGACGCGAACGACAGUCUCGACUCACACAUCAACCCAGAUGUACUCCCCUCUACCGAAGGUACGAAGAAUCGCAGCAGUUACAGCAGCGAAAGUACUGAAGGAGAAGACCCCUACCGGAACGGAGACAGUCAAAGCGACGUCGAAAUGGAAAGAGAAACAGACAGUGAGAGAGAACGCGAGACGUCUUCACAAGAUGACUUCAGUCCUUCACCCGAGUCGUCUUCGGAUUCUGAAACCGAGAUUGAAUCUCGUGAUACUCGCGUUACUCACAGCAGUACGAGUGGGAAUGGGAAUGUGUCUGCACUGGCCAGACCUACGCGUGAACGCUCGAGGAGUACGAAGACGAUUCGAUCGAACGACUCGUCUCGUUAUCCGACUUCUACUUCUUCUACUUCUUCUACUCAUCCUUCUUCACUUUCUUCAACGACCUCUUUGUCGUCAAGUUCACGAGACAGAGAACAUCGACACGGAGAUUUAAGAACGUCAAAGUCUACGGGUGACCUCACCUCCAUCUCUAAAUCCACCUCUCCUUCUCCCUCCCACUCUUCCCACUCUCCCUCUCCCUCCUCUCCUCCUACUUCUUCCUCAGCGAAGGACAGAGACAGAGAAAAGGAAAAGGAGAAAGAAGCAAAGAAAUCCCGCAAAGUCCACGAAAAGGAAAUCAAAUCCCGAGAGAAGGACGUCAAGUCCCGCGAGAAGGAGAGUCAGAGUCAGAAGGAAAGGGAGAAUAAGGAAAGAGAAGGGAGGUUGAAGCGUGCGACAUCAAUUCCGACGACGACUUCACCUACUUCGACUACUUCGACGCAGCACUCUGCUUCAUCACAGUCAUCUUCAAAGAGUCGGAAGGGGUCGAAGGGUGCUUGAUUCACCAUCCCUAUCAUAUCUUGUCCUCGUACUCGCACGCACGUCGUCUCCAUUCCAUAAUCAAUAGCUCAUUCAUCCCUGGACAGCAACCAAGAAUGAACGAGAAGCAAAAUGCAGAAUGGGAAACGGGAAGCAGGAAGUUGCAAAGUAAUGUAAAGUCACUUUGCACUGUCACUGUAGUCGUACUCGCUCGAUUCUCUCUACUUUGCUCGUUUGGUAAUCCUAAACAACUGGUGCUGUUUCGUACAUAAAAUAAC